AUGGUGCGCAUUCCGAGUCGCUUCGCGAACAUUUACUUCGUUCGAAGAGGGUGUUUUAUUCUUUGCACUGGAUUCGUUGGUUUUGCGCAAAAGACGGAAGAAGAAGAAGAAGAAGGCAAAGAAGAAGAAGAAGAGCGGGAGAUGCGAAAACGACAGCAACAAGAGUUGGUCGCUUCGACGUCCACGGAUUUGUCGGUGGGACGGACGAGGACGACGAAAAGAGUAUCGUCGUCCGGCAACGGCGGCCUCGGCGGCAAAGUCACCGGCGAACUGAAACGGGUGUUGACUCGCGAGCAAAUCAAAAGCGUCAAAAGAAGAGCGCUGUGGCCGGAAAUCUUCGCCGAAGACGACACGGAAUACACGAACAAAAUUAGCGAGGACGUCAGACGGACGAUAUCUCCGGACGAUUUGUUAAAAAUCGAGGAAAAGUUGCGGAUAGAAAACGGAGGGAAGAAAAGUAAGAGGAAAGAGAAGCGAAAAGGAGGCGAAAACGGGUGGUCCGCCGCCGCCACGCCGCUCGUCGCGGGGACCGCCGUCGCCGAGAACAACACGCUCAUCAUCGGCCAAGAGAACAGAGAGGAAGAAGAAGAAGAAAAAGAAUCCUCCUCCUCCUCCUCGCUCCCGCCGUUGCACAAGAAUACCAACUUUCGGCGAAACCACCACGCGAGUUUCGCCGACGAGAGCGGCGAAAAUUCGAGCAGCGACACGAGUAGCGAGUUCAGUAGCAGUUCUUGA